GGAGAGAGGCCCCUUCUCCGGCCGAGCAGGGUGGCACAGCCAGCCCCACGGAUGUUCCAGGAGCUGCCCCUUCCGAACCUGACAGCCAAGAUGAGGAAACUGAGGCCCAGCGAGGUGAUCUUAACAGCACUUUCCCAAGAUCACACAGCUGAGCAGUGUGUCAGAGGCAGACAUUCAAACCCAAGGAUUCCCUCCUUCCACUCCACACCAUUCUUGUCCUCCACACCUGUCUUGUGUUGUUAAAACACCCUUGAAGAAAGGAGUACUGUGGAGAGGACAGAUUUUAGGAUUCAGAAGGACUUGAGUUAGAAUCCUCAUCUGGGCAGAUGAGCAAACUUGAGCCUCAAGGAUGUAAAAUUCACGGGUCAAGGCCACCUCUGGCAAGGCAUCAUGGUGGGGGGCUUGAAGCGGAAGCACUCCGAUGUGGAGGAGGAAGAGGAGGAUGAAAGAUGGGACUGGAGUCCCGCAGGCCUUCGGAGCUACCAGCAAGCCCUGCUGCGGAUCUCCCUCGACAAAGUUCAAAGCAGCCUGGGGCCCCGAUCUCCCAGCCUGCGCCGCCAUGUCCUGAUCCACAACACGCUUCAGCAGCUGCAGGCGGCGUUGUGCCUAGCUCCCACCCCUGCCAUACCCCCGGAGCCCCUUUUCUUGGGUGAAGAGGAUUUCUCCCUGUCCUCCACCAUCGGCUCUAUUCUCAGGGAGCUGGACACCACGAUGGAGGAGAGCGAGCCCCCCCAGAGCCCCAUGAUUCCUCCAGCACCCCAGAAUGAAAUGCCACAUCAGCCCGAUCCGGUCUUGGCACUAAGUUCCCGAUACCUGGGGGACUCAGGGCUGGACGAUUUCUUUUUGGACAUUGACACAUCCACGGUGGAGAAGGAGCCUGCCCUGGCCCCACCUGAGUCUCCCCACAAUCUCUUCUGUGCCCCAGGCUCCUGGGAGUGGAACGAACUUGAUCACAUCAUGGAAAUCAUUCUGGGGUCCUAAGAUUCCCGAUGCAGGGGGGUGUGGAGGGGUUCUUGGCUCAUCUCAGGUGGGCUGGA